CGAAAUCACAACCAAAUUCCAUUUUACAGAGUUCAGAGAUUGAAAAUGUCUGGAAGAGGGAAAGGAGGGAAGGGCUUGGGAAAGGGAGGAGCGAAGAGACACAGGAAGGUAUUGAGAGAUAACAUUCAAGGUAUUACCAAACCAGCCAUUAGAAGGUUAGCAAGGAGAGGCGGUGUCAAACGUAUCAGUGGUUUGAUUUAUGAAGAAACUCGUGGUGUUCUUAAGAUCUUCUUAGAGAAUGUGAUCCGUGAUGCUGUAACCUACACCGAGCAUGCCCGGAGAAAGACCGUCACUGCUAUGGAUGUUGUCUAUGCUCUCAAAAGACAGGGAAGAACCCUCUAUGGAUUUGGGGGUUAGGGUUUGUUCCUGGGUAUGUAAAGGAUGUUGGAAUUAAUUAGGGUUUUCAAUGGAAGCAGUUUCUAGCUGUGGGUACCCUUUUUUUUUUAGUUUUCUUUUUGUUGAUGAUGUAAUGGCGCCUUAAAAUUCAAUGAAAGAUCUGAAAAUUUAUCACCUCUUUAA